AUGGAUUCACAAUCUUCGAGGCAGGAGAAGUAUGGUUGCGAGCAGCAGACAAAGGAACGGCAACAGGAUGCGCUCAGUUCAGAGGCACCCUCGCAAAGGACCUUCCCUUUGCCCUCGGCUUGUGAUAUACUGCCACCCCUGUCGCAUCUUGCACCGUUGCCAUCAAGUGGCUACCUCGCCUCUAUUUUGGGUCGUCAGCCGAGCAGGAGCAAAUUGACAUCUGAAGAGGAUGGGCAGUUGCAACAGUCUUCUGCACUGGCUGGGUCCGAGUCCAGAGCCGUGCCUGUGGGGAACAUAUUCGAUGGCGACGAAUCUCGGCCGGCGACCUCGGAUAAGAACGCCGACUUGGUCGGCUCAUUCGCUUCGACCUAUUCUAAAAUCGAAAAUGAGGAUCAGCACCAAGGCGAGGCUUCCACAGUACCUGCUGCAUGGCCUGUGGGGACUCACAGACAAGAGGUCUAUGAGCUUCCAGGCUCCGAAGAGCUUCAAUCAACUCAAAGACGAAACCAAACAGUUCACUUUCCUCAGGUUGUGGAUGCAGAAGGCACCCGUUCCUGGAAGCGGGUGAUUGUGGAAUACAACUGA